GCCGAGAAUUAGCUGUUUAGUGACGGUUUUCCUGUAAUGGAGAAGAAACUGGCAGAAUUCAGAGCUCGAAAACGGGCUGAGAACGAUGUUAGGAAGAAGGAGGAGCGACCCGCAGCAAAGUGCACAGCUCAGACACCGGCUGAGGUCCAGCUGCCACAGCACACAGAUAACAGCUCAGAGAGCAGGGGCCGCAGUGACUGGCUGCUGGACAGCGCUGUGGGGAGGUGGCUCACUUCAAGGCCGUGUCUCUUCACAAACCUUAUUUUGCUUAAAGUGCUGUUGUGGCUCGUUCUCCUCGGUCUGUUUGCUGAACUGGAGUUUGGCCUGCCCUUUUUUGUCAUCUCCCUCUUCUACUGGCUCUAUGAAGGACUCCGAAGCCCAGCUGCCCGUAGGUCUGGAGAACUGAGCGCGUAUUCUGUCUUCAACCCAGGCUGUGAAGCGCUGCCGGGCACUCUGACCGCAGAGCAGCUAGAAGGAGAAAUGGGCUACAGACCGCUGGCCAGUAGAUAAAACUGACUGCAUGUUGAGCAGAUUUCCUUUUGUCUGUCUCUCUCACUCUCCAAAAAUAAAAAUUGUAGCCUGUGUAACUUAUUAAAAUGAGAUUUAUCGAAUAACAUCUUUAUUUCAGUUUCUGUUUAAUGGGUAAAAAUCUUAUUUAACUAAAGUAACAGCAUAAAUAUUUUUUCAUCCGGCAUAUUGAGAAACAUUUAUAAUUCCACUAAUAUUUACUACCUUCUACAAUGUAUCAGAUGAGGUUUUUUGGUAUCAGUUUUAAUACUGACCUGAUUUUCUUUGCUGGCUGAUAUAGAAAUGAUUGGAAGACCAAAAUAAAAAAAAUGACAAGAAUGAAUCAGUAAACACAUUUUAUUUAUUAAAAGGGGCAAAAUAGGCAUAUGUAUGCACACACACACUCAUCUUCAACCGCUUAUCCAAGAUCAGGUCGCGGGGGCUGCAGCUGAUCCUAGAAGUCACAGGGUGACAGGCAGGGUACACCCUUGACAGGAUGCCUGUCUGUUGCAGGGCCAUAAAUAAAUAAAUAUACAUACACACGUGUGUGUUGAAAAAAUUAGUCAUUUUGAAGGUGAAUUCAAUGUGUAAAGUAUGACAUUUUUAUUUACACAUAGCCUGUUGCUCAGCAACAACACAAAUUUCAUUGUAUUACAUGAUGACCGUUGCUUAUCAUGUGAAGCAUUCUGUCAUAUUCAUCAGACAUGUUUCAUUGUGUCUAUUAAUCAAAGAAACAUUCUAUCAAAAAAAAACUUUUUAGUUAUCUAAACUAGUGAACAACAUCAUGGGACAUAAAACCAUUUUAUAAAUGUUUUAAAAGAAAAACAGUAGUUCAGACAUCUGGCUUAUGAUAACGUCGUUUUGAAAAAAAUAUAGACUUCUAAAGUCCAUGUAAACUAUUAUACUCAUACAAGUAGUUGGAUGGUGAUGUGAUUUUUGUAACUUUGCCUUUGUAUUCUGCCACAGUGAAAUUGACAUGAUGUGCUUGUCCUGUAAACUGAAUUGUUUGGAAUUUAUAGUCAUUUUUUUCUCCUUUUGUAAUAGUUUGGGAGACAUGGGGAAAAAGUGCAUUUUUCUGGAUGUCUUUUAUUUCAAUCAACUGUAAACAAAAUUGUGGAAUUCGGAUGUGUUGAGGUUAUAAUUUUGGAACUAGGGUUAUCUUCUUGAAGAUAAAAUGCAAUUUUACUGGA